GCUGUCUUGUCACUGUGGCCCAAGUCCCGGUGUCCCACAGUCCAAACCACAAACUACCACUCUCUCACCUUUUCUUUCCCUCUCCUCUCCUCUCUUCUGUCCUCCCUGUUAUUUUGCCACCCCACCAUGAAUCUGCCUUCUUUCUUUCUCCUCCAUUAAUCACCAUCCCUCAAAACUCAAUCACGGACUCAGUCUGCUGGUUUAAGGGCCGGCUCCCAGUUCCAAUACUCAUUACUGCUCUUAAUCUCACAACCCCAUGUCAGGAAAACCACGGUCUCUUAUUCUCCCACCCGCCAAUCUCAAAAAGCUCUGCAAAUUUGAGAGCUUUAACUUCAAAGACAAGCACUUUCCUGCCCCAUUUUCACCAAACCAAUUCUGGGUCCUUCUCUAAACACCCCCAUUUGCUUUUCUAUCGAUGUUUCCAGGGCUUCCACUAUUUCUUGCUUCGAGUAAUCUUGAAGCAAACACUGUUUCAUUUUGUAUUUGUGCAGAAAGACACACUUCUUUCUGCCUCUCUUUUGCCAACAGCAUUUGUAGCUGAUUAAUCUCCUCCCGCCAAUAGAGAUUUCGGAAUUUUGUGUGUGGCUGUUUGUGGGAUGGGGUUUGUUGUCACCAGUCGGUUGUUGUUGCAGCUGGUGAAGCUCUGUGCCAUCAGCUUGAUUUUCACCAUCCAAGGAUCUACAGGAUUCAGUAUAUCACCAACUCAGAGAAUCGAAAAUCAGUUGGUAGGGGCAGUUCAGAGUCCAGUCCAUCAGAUUAGGCCAUUCGAAAGCAAUCCACCGAGCUCAGAGUCCCAUGUAAAUGGGCCUACAACAUUCGACACACCCCCUGAAUCAAUUUCGGGGCAGGCACCAUCCUACCAGCCUAGUCCAGUUGGAUCAUCACCACCUUAUAGAACUGCUCCUCCACCUCUAGUUGUUUCUGGAAAUGUGCCUUCUGAAUCUCCAACUGUUUCAUUUACACCUAUACCACAGACAAUAAUAGCUCCUUCUCCUGAAAAUUUUGAAGGAAAUGUAGCACCUUUGCCAUCAAAAGCUAAUGAUGGAAGUGUUUCUCUUGAACCUCCAUUACCAAGUUUCGCUCCGCCACCCCAGAUUUCUGGAGGGAAUGUUGCACCUCUACCACCUAACUCUUCUGAAGGACACGUAGCACCUAUGCCGUCUAGCUCUUCUGGAGGAAGUGUUUUAGUUGGACCCCCAACACAUAGUAUAGCUCCUCCUCCUCAUCAAAUGUCUCAAGGACAAGCAGCACCUAUGCCGUCUAACUCUUCUGGAGGAAAUGUUUUAGGUAGACCCCCAGCACAUAGUAUAGCCCCUCCUCCUCAAAUGUCUCAAGGAGAAGCAGCACCUGUGCCGUCAAACUUCAAUGGAGGGAAUGUGACCUUAGCACCUCCCCCAAAGAGUAUAGUUUCUCCCCCCCAGACUUCUCAAGGACAACCUGUACCUUCACCACCGAGCAGUUCUGGAGGAGGAGUCUCCUUGGUGCCUCCACCACAUAAUAGUAUAGCUCCUCCACCUCGGAAUUUUGAACGACAAGUAGCACCAACGCCAUCAAACAGUCCUGGAAAACGGGAGCCGGGUGAAAAGGCUCCUGCCCCUAUGCCAGUGGCAACACCUCCAGCUAAUUCACCACCAAGUCUACCGUCCAUCCACCCAGGUGUGCCAGAACCUUCGACCGGGAGUGCUCCUCAGAAAAACACAACGUUUAAUGGUUCUCCUCUCCAAAAACCAGUUCCAGCAGUGGCAUUACCUCCGAGGAUAUUGGGAAGGGAGAAACCAGUGCAACAUCCAAUCGCACCAGCAGUCAUUAUCCCCUCUGUCUCCCCAGUUCAGUCACCCUUGGGAGAUUUGCCACAUAAUUCGUCAAGAAAUCUUCCAGUUGCUCCUAUGAAAUCUCCUCCAAGAUUGGAAGAUCCUGAGGUCUCGUCUCCAUCAUCUACUCCUCCAAGGACUCAUUGGACAAAAGAUGGAACUCCAGUUACUGCACCCUCGGCUGAAAUACAAAAGCCCUUACCAGUGUUGCCACCUACAACUCAUGCACCCGCUAAAGCUUCUUUUCCUGCUGUGGCUCCUUCUGUUCACAAAGCUUGGCGGCAUUCGAAUAAAGCUCCUUCUCCGUCUUCUACCUCUUCUCAUAAACACAACAAUGCAAGAAAUGGAAGCAGCAUCGCUCCUCCCAAAUCAUCAUAUGUUAUACCUCCUCACUCAUCAGAAGAGCCAGCACUCCCUCCCUCAUCUCUUCCAACUAGCAGGCCCACACACUAUGCUUCUCCACCUCACCAUACAGGUACUAAUCCAGUUAUAGGUGUUCCACUUGCCCCCUCACCAUCAAAGACAGCAGCAUCUAACUGGACCACAAUACCGAUUCUUUCACCAAAAAUUUCUCCGAGAUCUUCAUCAAAGAAUCCUAUGCCCUUGUUUCCGCCAAUCCAUGCAUUGCCACCUCCGCCACCCAAUCAAGAUUGUUCAACGACUGUUUGCAUGGAACCUUAUGCAAACACUCCUCCCGGAUCUCCAUGUGGAUGUGUGUUGCCCAUGCAAGUCGGACUGCGACUUAGUGUUGCACUAUAUACAUUUUUUCCUUUGGUUUCUGAAUUCGCUAAAGAACUUGCUACUGGGGUUUUCAUGAAACAAAGUCAAGUCAGGAUUAUGGGAGCCAAUGCUGCUAGCCAGGAACCUGACAAGACCAUAGUCCUCAUUGACUUGGUUCCACUUGGACAAAAGUUUGACAACACAACUGCUUUCUUGACUUACCAAAGGUUUUGGCUGAAACAAGUGGCAAUACAAACUUCCUUAUUUGGUGACUACCAAGUCCUUUAUGUGCGCUAUCCAGGUUUACCGGAAUCUCCUCCUUCAGCAUCUUCUGGGAUUACUAUCAUUGAUGAUGGGCCAUACUCUGGCAAUGGAAACAACGCAAGAACGAUAAAGCCCCUAGGAGUUGAUGUAUCCAAAAGGCGCCAAAAGGAUGGACUUAAUGGUGCUGUCAUUGCUAUUAUUGCUCUGUCAGCUUCUAUUGUUGUCAUCUUUUGCUCGGCAGUUGCUUGGAUUUUUAUUUCUAGGAAGAGAGGCCAUCAUGGCAGAGAGCCAUCGCCAGCUCCCCCACCUUUGCGUGCUUCUGUUGCAAAACCCUCAGGGAUUUCUGUGUCAGCCCUUGGGAGUGGUCUCAGUUCUCAUUCACUGUCAUUUGGCUCUAGUAUUGCACCAUAUACGGGAUCUGCCAAAACCUUCAGUGCAAGUGACAUAGAGAGAGCAACUCAUAACUUUGAUGAUUCAAGGACACUCGGGGAAGGUGGCUUCGGACGUGUCUAUAGUGGUGUUCUUGAUGAUGGGACCCAAGUAGCAGUCAAAGUCCUGAAAAGGGACGACCAGCAAAGUGGUCGAGAAUUCUUGGCAGAAGUCGAGAUGCUUAGCCGCCUUCACCACAGGAACCUUGUCAAGUUGAUUGGGAUAUGCACAGAAGAGCAUGCACGUUGUCUGGUCUAUGAGCUAGUGCCUAAUGGCAGUGUGGAAUCUCAUUUGCAUGGGGACGAUAAGGAAUCUGCACCUCUGGAUUGGGAUGUCCGGAUUAAGAUAGCACUUGGUGCAGCUCGAGGUCUGGCUUAUCUUCAUGAGGAUUCAAGUCCACGGGUCAUCCACAGGGAUUUCAAAUCCAGCAACAUCUUGUUGGAGAGUGAUUUCACACCAAAAGUCUCCGACUUUGGGUUGGCACGAUCUGCGCUGGAUGAGGAAACCAGCCAUAUAUCCACUCGUGUGAUGGGAACCUUUGGGUAUGUGGCCCCUGAGUAUGCAAUGACCGGUCAUCUUCUAGUGAAGAGCGAUGUAUACAGCUACGGUGUAGUCCUUCUUGAGCUUUUAAGCGGGAGAAAACCGGUGGAUAUGUCACAACCACCAGGUCAAGAGAACCUAGUAGCAUGGGCACGUCCGCUUCUGACAAGCCAAGAAGGGUUGGAAAUGAUAAUAGAUCCAUCUCUUCGCCACGAUGUCCCCUUCGACAGUGUGGCCAAAGUUGCAGCCAUUGCUUCAAUGUGUGUGCAGCCAGAAGUGUCCCAUCGCCCAUUCAUGGGCGAAGUUGUUCAAGCGUUGAAACUGGUGUGCAACGAGUGCGAUGAGGCGAAAGAAGUAGGAUCUAUAAGCUCCAGCCGUGAUUUGUCAAUGGAUGGUGGCGAGGCGAGGACCACCUCAGGGAAGCUGGUGCCGGAGAUGUUCCAUGACCGAAGAUUGGGGUUAGGGCCGAGCAACUACGACUCUGAUCCGGAUAUCGAGAGAGGGCUAACGCUGUCAGAUAUGUUCGGUACAUCAGGAAGAUUCGGGAGGCAGGCACCAACAUCCGCGUCGUUCAGGAGGUACUCGAGUUCUGGCCCAUUGAGUAGUGGGAAGGGAAGAGAGUGGUGGCAGAGAAUGAGGAGAUUGAGAGGGGAGAGUGUGAGUGAACAUGGGAUCAUGUUCAAACAAUGGGCAGGUUCAUAUUGAAAAGCUGUGGACUAGACAACCCUUGUUUAUGUGUGAAUAUUGAUUAAUAUGCACAGUUUCUAGGAGGAGGCUAGAGGAAUGAAUGGUGAAAUAAGUUUUGAAGAAAAUCUUUGACAAGGAGACUUGAAAAGAAGUGCAGAAUUGGAGGAUGGAGGUGGUUAUGACAGCAAGUGAGUUUUGACCCUGAGUAAUAACACAGUCAAAGUGGAGGGUAAUCAAACUUGAAUGUUUUUAUCAUUGUCCAGGUACCAAAUAGUAAUUUAACCCCUUUGAUUUGAUUUGAGGGGUGCACAUGUAAUGUAACAAUCCAUGUAAAACUGUGAAGUAGAGCAACUGCAAGUGUACAGAAUUUUGUUUUUCUCUUUGGGUUAUUUUUUUACAGUUAAGAUCACCUUCAUUCCAAUCAGCCUAGCCUAGAGAGAGUACAUGAGAAAGUUUCAAAAUAAGGCUUCCUUUGUAACAUUCUGAUUCUAAACGUAUCCUGAGUAUCCAUGUAUUUUGUAGAUAUUGACGUUAAAUGUUGUAUUUAAAUAUGAGUGUUUGUUAUUUUAUUUGGAAU